UGUGUCAGCUGAGACACUAGACAGUGUGAGUGUGCAGACCGACACUUUUGGUUUUUCUUCACAGACACAUGUCAUCAUACUCAUUUUUUACCAUAAAAGUCGCCUUCUCAAUAUUCUACAGGUAUUUGGUCACAUUAAUGUCAUAAUCUUGACUAUGAUACGUGGAAGUGGGACUUUUCUGCAGCGAAAUAACGAGAACUUGUGACAAGUGAUUCUGCAAACUCGCAGUGCCGAAAUCUGUUCAGUUUUAUGAAAAAAUGAUUUCGACGCAACUCUCCAGAAUUCGAUCUCCGCAACACCGAUUCACGUGUAUUUUGUCUACAUUUUGUACACCGUACAUUCCAUGUACAUUUUCAUGUUUUAUAUAAAAUCUACGAUUUUCGUCCCGAAAUAACGCUCAAAAACACAACAUGACGAGACAGGCAUCCUUAUCUGAGAUAUUCGCCAGCUUUGAAGAGUACAUGAAAACAGAAAGUGACAAAAGAGAGGAGAUCAGGAAUCAGGUGAAGAUACUGGAGCAGACGGCUCGGCAGUUGAUCACGAGUCUUCAGGGGAUUCAUCAAGCAGACGGCAUCAAACAUACCUCCGACAUCUGUAAGACGGUACGAGGAUCGUUAGAAACAGUCAAGUCUCAGUACAAAGAUCUCGGUGUCAAGAUACCUGACGGACAGUAUUAUAGGUUCCAUGACCACUGGCGGUUAGUCACUCAGAGACUGGUGUUUGUGACGGCACUGGUGGUCUAUCUGGAGUCCGAGAGACUCGUGACGAGGGAGGAGACAGCAGAGAUGUUAGGAAUCCAUGUUGAUAAAGCUGAGGGUUUCCAUAUUGAUCUCGACGACUUCCUUAUGGGGCUGCUUCUUGUAGCCAGUGAACUGUCCCGGAUGUGUAUCAAUGCAGUGACGGCCGGAGACUACACGCGACCGCUUCGUAUCGGACAAUUCGUGGGAGAACUGGACUCGGGAUUCAGACUCCUAAAUCUGAAAAACGAUGCUCUGAGAAAAAGAUUUGACGCUUUAAAAUACGAUUUGAAGAAAAUUGAGGAGGUGAUUUAUGACAUUACUAUACGUGGUCUCGUACCGGGGGACAGACAAGCAGCGUCACCUAUCUCUGGUUCAGGAGACUCGCCUAGGGCGGUUGGUGCUACUGAGACAUCCUUGGAGGAUUGAUGGAAGGAACUGUGUACUGGGGGCGCCCCUGGUGUUUGUGUCUUGGCAUUGGAUAGAGGAUGAGACAGUCCUCCCUUUUUGGCUCACCGUAGGUGAGUCUAUACAAUAGGGCAGCGUCCGUCGUCGUCUGUAUCCUGUUUCAAAAACAGUGGCACUUUCUUAACCGCUAGAGCUAUGAACUUGAAACUUUGUACACAGGUCAACCCAGGUCAAGUGACUUCUGACAAUCAAUUUCGGUUCAAUCUGAUUCUUUACUUGGCCUCUAGGGGGCCAGAAGUAAAAACCUAAAAAGUGUGAUGUAUCUCUGAUGAGCGACUUGUUUUCAAUAAAAUUUAUGUGCCAUGGGGUAUGUCAGGUCACCAUGACCUGAUCAUGACAUUUCAUUUCGAUCAGCCCACUGCAUGCCCCAGAUUGCUCAAUAUAUGCAUGGGUUACCUUGCAACUCAUUUUAAUCUGUUGCAACUAGUUGUGGUCACUGCAGUCUUCGUAGGAGUGAUUUGCUGCAGUGCAGCUGUUUGUGUUAUAUCGGAUUGCUGUGGAAAUAGCAUACCACCAGCAUUCUGACUUGACUUGUCCCCAAGCCUCUCUCCACGCAUUCUUGACUUGUUUGAGCAGCUUGAACCACUGUUAAUGGUCUUCCAGUCUGCAGCAAGACUUUUAGAGACUAACCACUGCCUCCUUGAGGAAUAUGAGAGUUUUUGCCGAAGUUUCUCAUUCAAUAUUCAGAUUUUUUGCUGAUUAUUAUUGUGUUGUAAAUAUAGGCAUCUCGCUUCCAGUUGUGAAAUUAUCAGUCACGAUAUGUUUGUAAUAAAAAAUUUGAGACUAUUCUGAGUUUAUAACAUGGUUGUUUGUCCAAACGUUUCCUCAAAUAGUAUCGAGUCAAACGGCCCCAGGGUUUUUUUUAACUCUGAAACCGUGUGACAUUAUAUUUUGAUUAUUCGUCAAUGGAUUUAAAGUUUGAAGUUAAAAUCGAGUUUAAUUGGUCCGUUUUAACCAGGUGCCGAUUUAGUCUGGGGCAGAUUAGACUGCUGAGCCCUUGAGUCCUCUGGCUUCAUUGUACAUUGUAUUACAUGUUGGCUGCA